ACGAUGCGAUGCAACAACUUCGUCAAACGGAAGCCACCAUCUUCAUCGAUCCCGCCACUCAAACUGCAAUCAACAAUCGCCAGCGAACAAAAAGAUCCCAUUACAGAAUAAUCAAAGAAAUUAUUCCAAAAUCGAUCGAAUUCAUUUCCAAGUUUCCAGUACUUUACUUCAUUCUUCUGAAGAUUACUUGAAAUUAACCGUAUUCCCUCUCUCCUCAAUGGAGUCGAAGCAUUUUCAAAUUUGAGAAGGGAGCUUUCUUUCUGUUUCAUACGCUUUCUUUUUUGUUAUGCUUCAUCGGUUCUUUAUGGCGAGAAGAGGAGGAGCAAUUGGAUCAUGGCUUUGCAUCGUUCUGGUUUUAAUUUCUGCGCAAAUUCAUGUCUCAGCCAGAUCGGAUAAGGAAAUUAGGGAAAGAUUUUAUGGAAACUUGAUCAACUCAACGGCACCGAUUUCCGGUGACGGUAGCAUUGCCCAAAUGUUCGAUAAGGUGCUCGAGAAGGAGUUCCCUGACAAUGAUCUGCCUGAAGGUUCGGGCGGAAGCAGCUUUAAUAACAGUGUCGCUGAUCAGGAGGCAGAACUGGAGACAGUAGCCAAAAUCACUCAUGAGAAGGGCAAGAAAAAUGAUAGUCAAAAGGCAAAUGGGACUAGAGCAUUCCAAUUUCAGGAUGUUUUCUCUCUAGAAAAUGAAGAAUCUGAUGAUGUUACGACGUUGAUUGAUAAAAAAGACAAUGUAUUUGUGAUGUCAAACAAGAAAUCAAAGUAUCCAGUACUUCAAGUAGAUUUGAGACUGAUUUCAGACUUGGUUGUGGUUAUUGUUUCUGCCGCAAUUGGAGGAAUUAUCUUUUCUUGUUUAGGCCAACCGGUUAUUGUGGGCUAUCUUCUUGCGGGGUCAAUUAUUGGACCAGGAGGUCUAAAAUUCAUCAGUGAAAUGGUGCAGGUUGAGACAGUGGCACAAUUUGGUGUUGUAUUUCUUCUUUUUGCUUUAGGACUGGAGUUUUCUUUGACAAAGUUAAAAGUUGUGGGGGCUGUUGCUGUUUUUGGAGGUUUUCUACAGAUCAUCAUAUUUAUGUUCUUAUGUGGCAUAAUUGCCAUGUUAAGUGGAGCUAAAUUGUCCGAGGGUGUAUUUGUCGGUUCAUUUCUAUCAAUGUCAUCGACAGCAGUGGUGGUGAAGUUCUUGGUAGAACGGAAUAGCAGUAAUACUCUUCAUGGUCAGGUUACUAUUGGAACGCUUAUCUUACAGGACUGUGCCGUUGGUUUGUUAUUUGCCUUGCUCCCAGUUUUGGGUGGUCACAAUGGUCUUAUUUUAGGAAUGAUAUCUAUGGGAAAGUUGCUACUGGUGUUGUCAGUAUAUCUCACAGUCGCGUCCAUUUUGUCGUGGUCAUUUGUUCCCCGCUUUCUUAAGUUGAUGAUGCAGCUGUCGUCUCAAACAAAUGAGUUGUAUCAGCUUGCUGCUGUGGCAUUUUGCUUGCUGUCUGCCUGGUGCAGUGAUAAGUUGGGACUCAGUCUUGAGUUGGGUUCCUUUGUAGCUGGAGUUAUGAUAUCUACCACCGACUUUGGUCAACAUACUUUAGAUCAGGUGGAACCAAUUCGCAAUUUAUUUGCAGCUUUGUUCCUUUCGAGUAUUGGAAUGCUCAUUCAUGUACAUUUUCUGUGGAGCCAUUUGGAUAUUUUGCUAGCAUCUGUCAUGCUGGUUGUGUUUGUGAAGACAGCAGUUGUUACCGUUGUUGCAAAGGCAUUUGGAUACAGUAUAAGGACUUCUUUUCAGGUUGGAGUCAUGCUUGCUCAAAUUGGAGAGUUUGCUUUUGUUCUCCUAAGCCGUGCCUCAAAUCUUCAUCUCAUUGGGGGGAAAGUUUAUCUGCUACUUCUUGGAACAACAGCACUUAGUCUAGUGACCACCCCUCUUGUGUUCAAAUUGGUACCUGCUGUGCUGAAUUUAGGGGUUCUCAUGCAUUGGUUCCCCUCUGAAAACAUCAUUCAAAGCGAGGAGAAAACAUCCAUGAUUGAAGCACAUAACAGAAUGUUGUGAUGACUCCUCCAAAUUAAACACAGUCAAUUCAUUCUUUCAUAGGAUGCCCCCUUUAGUUGUGUUUCUCCAUUGGGUUCUCGUAAUUGUAGAAAUGUUUUGGGAGUGAAUGAUAAACAAACAAAGGAAAAUAGAGUUCGUUCUGUGGCACAGCUGUAAAUAUCAAGGAAAUCUUAAUUUAAUUAUAGGAAUUCUCAUAUGUGUUGUUGAGGGGUUACUUUGGACAUAUUAUUGAAUCAAAUCAAUUACCGAAAAUAGACAUGGCAGUCUUUUAAUU